AGCCGUGCCGCUCGCCGGACCUAUAAAAUGCGGCCGCGGGGCAGCGCCUCUCCUCGCAAUCACCUCUCGACUCUCGAGCCGUUGAGAUCCAAAGAUGUCGUGGUUCGGGCACCACCACCACAACCAGCCGGCUCCCCCGGCGUCGGAGUCGGGCGGCCCCAACCAGGUGUUCAAGAUCUUCUGCCGCGGCAACGAGAACUACUGCCUCGCCGUCCGCGACGGCGCCGUCGUGCUCGCCCCGGCCAACCCCAAGGACGUCCACCAGCACAGGUACAAGGACAUGCGCUUCAGCACCAGGGUCAAGGACGAGGAGGGCAUGCCGGCCUCCGCGCUCGUCAACAAGGCCACCGGACUCGCCAUCAAGCACUCAUUCGGCCAGUCCCACCCGGUACCUGUACAGCUGGUGCCGUUCAACCCUGAGGAGGAGGACGCGUCGGUGCUGUGGACGGAGAGCAAGGACGUCGGCAAGGGCUUCCGCUGCAUUCGCAUGGUCAACAACACCCGCGUCGGCUUCGACGCCUUCCACGGCGACAAGGACCACGGCGGCGUGCACGACGGCACCACCGUCGUGCUCUGGGAGUGGUGCAAGGGCGAGAACCAGAGCUGGAAGAUCCUGCCCUGGGGCCCCGAGGCGCACUCUGUUGGUCCCAAAGUCCGGCGAUCACCGGAAGUGAACAAACUCGCACGAAAGUGGACACUAUCACAAUGUGACAGCUGAGUACCCCUCAGGCCCUCACGUUGGACCCACCUGUCGGGGCUGACGGAGGUGGAAGAAGAUGAAGACCUAUAAAAACAACGAGUUGUAGUGUGUUUCUGCCAAAAACUUAAUUUUUUUCUCACCCGUGCACUGUACCCACCUGAAAUUUUCACGCGGGGCUUCUGUUCUCAUCCCGUGUUCCUCGUUGAUGGGCCCCGCCGACCUAGAAUCCCAAGCAAACACGCCAAGCCACCUCCACCGCGCAGAACCAUCUCGUAUCCUUCAACCUCAAGUGGGAAGCGAAAGGAACCGUCGGUCGCCUCCUCCCGCCUGCCGCACGUCGCGCCGCCGGGCCCCGCGAGUCCGCGAUCCCCCGACGCGGCACCCCCGCCGGACGUCACAUCGGCACCCCCGCCCGCCGCACGUCGCCAUGGUCACCGCCAUCCUCGCGCCCCAUACCCACCCGCACAUCGCGCGUCCGCUCUCCGCCGCCGUGAUCCAUGCAUCCAGGCCGCCGCGCAAGCCGCGAAGCUCGGGACAAAACUCGGAGGCCGACCUGAGGGCUGAGGUUGCAGGCGAAGCCGAGUAUCAAUCCCGCAGCCCCGUCAGGGCGUCUGGACCAUCUGCGCGCAUCCAGUCCAAUCCAUCGAUCAAGAUGUAGCAGCAAGAAGUCAAUUUUCAAUUGGAUGAACCGAGGAAGGGGACGGAGAAGAGACGGAAGUAGAGAAAAAGGAAGCUUGCUUUGUCGGGUUUGCCCAUGCCAAAUUUAUUCCUAGCUACUAAUCUUGUGAGUUAGCUACAAUCAGUUUAAGAAAGAUAUGUUUUUUAGCCAUGCUUUUUUCAUAUAUAAGAUAUCAGAUAUUUUUCGUAUGCUUUUUAAUCGAGGUGAUAUUUUUGGUCGAGAUAAUCUAUUCUAGCUUAUCUUUUGCUUUGUACAUACCUAGCAAUGCUAUAAGCAACGAGAAUACAGGAUAUUGAAAUCUCAAA